GCUGCCUGGCUCCCCGCGGGGCCGCCCUGCCCGGAGGGUGCGGACCUCGGGCGCCCCGGCCCAGCCGGCCCUCUCCAUCCCGCCGUGCCCCGCCCCGCCCCGUCGGGGCCGAUGGCUCCACGCGAGGCUCGAGGUCCGGGGGGCGCAGGGUAGAGCUCCGCGGCCCCGCCACCAGCCCGGGUACUCCCCGGGUCCUCCCGGAGCCCCGCGGAGUCCCCGCCGUCCGCCCGGCGGGGUGAGGGAGCGAGUGGGAGCGCCCUCCCCCCCGCCGCCCCCUCCCCCGAGCUCCGAGACAAGAUGCUGCCCGGGCUCCGGCGCCUGCUGCAAGGUCCUGCCUCAGCCUGCCUGCUGCUGACACUCCUGGCCCUCCCUCCCGCGGCUCCCAGCUGCCCUAUGCUGUGCACCUGCUACUCCUCGCCACCCACCGUGAGCUGCCAGGCCAACAACUUCUCCUCAGUGCCGCUGUCUCUGCCGCCCAGCACACAGCGGCUCUUCCUGCAGAACAACCUAAUCCGCUCGCUGCGGCCGGGCACCUUUGGGCCCAACCUGCUCACCCUGUGGCUCUUCUCCAACAACCUCUCCACCAUCUACCCUGGCACCUUCCGCCAUCUGCAGGCCCUAGAGGAGCUGGACCUUGGGGACAAUCGGCACCUGCGCUCCCUGGAGCCCGACACCUUCCAGGGCCUGGAGCGGCUGCAGUCGCUACAUCUGUACCGCUGCCAGCUCAGCAGCCUGCCCGGCAACAUCUUCCGAGGCCUGAUCAGCCUGCAGUACCUCUACCUCCAGGAGAACAGCCUGCUCCACCUCCAGGAUGACUUGUUCGCGGACCUGGCCAACCUGAGCCACCUCUUCCUGCACGGGAACCGCCUGCGGCUGCUCACGGAGCACGUGUUCCGCGGCCUGGGCAGCCUGGACCGGCUGCUGCUGCACGGGAACCGGCUGCAGGGCGUGCACCGGGCGGCCUUCCGCGGCCUCAGCCGCCUCACCAUCCUCUACCUGUUCAACAACAGCCUGGCCUCGCUGCCGGGGGAGGCGCUGGCCGACCUGCCGGCGCUGGAGUUCCUGCGGCUCAACGCCAACCCGUGGGCCUGCGACUGCCGCGCGCGGCCGCUCUGGGCCUGGUUCCAGCGCGCGCGGGUGUCCAGCUCGGACGUGACCUGCGCCACCCCGCCCGAGCGCCAGGGCCGGGACCUGCGCGCGCUGCGCGAGGCCGACUUCCAGGCGUGCCCGCCGCCCGCGCCCACGCGGCCCGGCAGCCGCGCGCGCGGCAACAGCUCCUCCAACCACCUGUACGGCGUGGCCGAGGCGGACGCGCCCCCCGCGGACCCGUCCACGCUCUACCGGGACCUGCCCGCCGAGGACGCGCGGGGCCGCCAGGGCGGGGACGCGCCCACCGAGGACGACUACUGGGGCGGCUACGGAGGCGAGGACCAGCGGGGCGAGCAGACGUGCCCUGGGGCGGCGUGCCAGGCGCCGGCGGACUCGCGGGGCCCCGCGCUCGCGGCCGGGCUGCGCACUCCUCUGCUCUGCCUCCUGCUCCUGGCGCCCCGUCACCUCUGACCGCGGUGCUCAGACGCAAGAGGCCGCGGCCUCUGCCUGGCUCCCCCUCUCUGCCCACGGAGCUGAGGCUCCGCCCUCGCCCCUUGUUAGCAGACCGGCCUGGGAGCCUGCCCUAGGGCUCCCUUUCUUCCCCCGGACCAGGCUGUCUCGUUUGCCUUCCGGGCUGUUCUGACGUGUGUGCGGCGGCCUCUGAGACAACGUGUACCAGGUGGCUCGGUCCCAUCCGCCCUGGCUCUUCUUACCCCAUCCCAAGGCUGGGGCGGGGCACCCCAGGCAGCCUUUGCUCCUCUCUCCGGGGCCCCACUGUGGACUCGGAGGGGCUUUUUCUGCAGAGCACCUUCCACCAGCAGAGCCUUUGAAAGCUCCCCCGGGAGCCUCCCCUCCCCCCACCCCGGGAGGGAUGCCUCAGCGAGGCCCAGGCUGCUCCUGGACCCUGCUUGUCCUGACCCCUUCAGCCUCCUGACAUCGGAGGAAUAGUUUUCUCCUAAGUCUACCCAGGACACUUUUGAGGGUGCCUGGAGAGAGUCUCCUCUCCACCAUGGCCCCUGUGUGGUGAAGAUCAAAAGAAGUUGU